UAUGGAGAAAUUUCAAAAGCGACACAACAAUAGCAACGGCAACGGCAACAUCAUCGGCUACACGCUGCUGAGGUGCAAAAAAUAUUCAGUUUGUUUUGCUACAUCCAUCCAUACAGACGCGAAGCGGUGCGCGUGCGCAGAAAUCAAUCACGAGUAAAAUUGUGUUAACAUUUAGACGUAAAGAGAUACAUUCUUAAAGCGCUACCAAUCUUAUAACGGUUAAAAGAAUUGUUGCAUAAGCAGAAAUAACAAAGACCAACAUUAAGUAACCGGAGAAAAACAAUCAAUCAGUUACGCUACUUACGUCUCCGCACAAAUUAUGGCUAAAUUGUUGCAUCAGUUUGUUGUGAUUCUGCUCAGUCUGAGCAUUGUGGGUCUUGCCUGGGGUCGUGCGACUAGCGCAAAGACGACGCAAGCGCCGCUGGCAGAUAACAGCAAACAAUUAUUUGUCUUCGGCAGCGGCAAGGAGACGAGUCCACCAGACUUUGUGCGCCUGGUCGUCAUGCGGCUCAUUUACGGACUCGCCUCGACUAUGGGGCUGGAAGAACGACUGGAGGAUGCUUUCAAUGGUGCCUUUGUGCCGCCGAAUGCCGAUGGUGGGCUCUUCAGUUUCGGCGGUUACGACGAUGACGAUGAUGGUGGCGCUUUCGGUGCACUCUUUGAUGACAUCUAGAGCGCAGUGGGUCAGUGCGCAGAACGGUGAAUGUGCGGUGUAUGCUAUCUGUGGUUGUAACAGUUGGACUUUCGAAGCGAUUUACAUUUCCAUAUAUACACCAGCAUAUCUGUGUGUAUGUGGGUCAAGUGUGCGCGUAGUGAAAGAUAGAGUGACCAAAAAUAUUGUAUUAAAUUACGUUUAAUUUAAAUUAUUUAUUUUAUUUAAGUGUAGUUCUUUAGUGUGUAAGACUAUAUGUAAAAAAAAACUAUUCGAAAACUAUUUUUUAGCACACCAGUGUGAAAAAAUUCUAAUUAUGUCAUUUAAUAAAAGCGGAAGCGCUGAAAAAGUGUUACGAAAGUGGAGAAAAAAAAUACAAUAA